UACCAGGAAAUAUCACCAUUGGCACCAUUCUUUACAACUGUCAGUCUCCUAUGUAGGCACUAUCAUACACUGGAAUUAUUAUCAUAGGCCGUUGUGUGCUGUUAGGGUGAUUUGGAGUUUUCAUCAGUGUGUGCUGGAAUAUUUCCAUUUAUUGAGGAUUCUCCCAGCGGAUGUGUUGUAAACCUGUGUUUCAUUUUGUGGAUACCAGCACUUUCAGGAUCCUGGCCCCCGAGACAAGUAUAUGUGUUCACUCACAAAACUACAAGCCAUUUGCUUGGAUCUCAUAGCAUCAGACUGUCAGUGUUGGAUUAGCAAGAUCUGAGAAAAAAGGAAGCUGUGUGUUCAUAUCUGGUGAUGGAUUUAAUCAUUUGUUUCCAAGUAAAUAUCUGACAUCUACAGAACUGAGAACCUGUGAUGUAGGUCAGAAUCUGCUGGAUUUAUGAUUAAUAAUAAUCAGGAGGUUGGUGUGAAAUACUGAUUACUGGCUGGGUAUAACACAGUACCUGCUACAUGGACAUAUUACACUCGUGUGAUGUUGGUAUAUAUCACCUGGGUUUGAGUGGAAUACCGAUAUUAAUCUGAUUGGUUCAAUAGGAUUACUUCUUCAAUAGGCGAUACAGAACGUAUCUCACCAUGGCGUUAGCCAAAGCUAUAAAGAUCAUCUCUGACUUCAGUAUCAACCUUGUGGAUCCAGCCCGACCCAAGCUUGUGGAGCCGAUAGACUAUGAGACUUACGUUGUACAGCACAAGGUGUUACUCCACAAUGACCCCCAGCGGGACAUGCUCAACUUCCCCCAUGAUGAUGUGGAGGUUCCGCCCCCGACGCCGGCCAAGAAGAACCGGACUGUAUAUUCCACUGUGCCAAAGAAUGCCAAGAAGCAAGCCAAAGACCUGAUGGUCCGACAGUGCAUCGACACCUACACAUGCAAGUGUCACAUGAUCAAAUUCAAAUACGACAAAUAUGCAGGGAGCUAUCAGCAAUUACCAGCGGCCAAGAAACAUGCCAAUCUUCAGGAACAGUUAUUCGAGAUUGAUGCAGAGAUUGAAGAAAAGGAUGACGACACGCUGUCACGGUCGAUGUCGUCCACCAUCACCAGGAAGGGGUGGCUGUACAAGGGGCCGGACUCGGGCAAGGACAACAUCAUCAGCUUCACCAGGCAAUUCAAACGUCGCUACUUUCUACUGAAGCAACAGACAGACUUCACAUACAUCCUGGAGUUCUUCAAGGAUGAGAAGAAGGCGGAGGUGAAGGGUGCCGUGUAUUUGGAUCUGGCUACUGACGUCGUCAAGAACACAAAGAAGGGCAAGUACUGCUUUGAGAUCAGGAUGAGUGAAGGUUCGUCGUGUCUGUUAGCUGCGGACAGCGAGGUCGACAUGGAGGAGUGGAUUGUGACCUUGAACAAGGUCAUCAGUGCUGCGGAGACAGCGUCCCAAGUGUCCAGGGACAGCAUCAAAGAGGAUCUUCCAGCUCCCGGUCGUGCUGAGAACUACAAGGAGAGUUCCAUGAACCAUCCAGUUGUAAAGUACUCACGAGAAUCUGACCUGUCACUGUCAAGUGCCCGUCAGGAGGGUCGACAGAACCUGUUCCACGUCUACCCGGACAUGAGGAGGACAAACUUUGAAGAGGAGGAGGAGGUAGAAGAGGAGGAUGAGAUUGACGUAUUUCCGAAACAGGAUGCAGAAAGAUUUCUCCUCCGCCUUGAAGAGUUCUCCCUAAAGCUGCAGGUCAACAUGGCCGACGAGGGUCAGGGAAACAAAGUCUGCAAUCCGGAACCCUUCUUUAUCUCGUUUGCCUUGUACGAUGCCAAGGAAGGCAAGAAGAUUUCCGAAGAUUUUGUGGUCGAUCCAAAUGAGCCAGAAAUCAGCCGUAUGAUCCCCCCCGACAUCCUGCAGGCCUCGGACAAGCUGCAUACGGUGGAGGGGCGGGAAACAAUGCCAGAUCUCAAUGGUCUGAGCGAUGAAUGGUUGCGCCGCAAGCGACAGGGUAUCUUUACGGUGAUCCGCCGUCACUCUGAGAUUUACCUGGUGGCCAAGAUUGAAAAGGUGCUACAAGGAGGAAUCUCGCAGUGUGUGGAUCCUUACAUUAAAUUAGCCGACCAGAAGAUCGCAACAAAAGUCCAUCGGCAGAUGAAACAGCUGUGCAAUCACAUUGGACAUUAUCGCAUGCCCUUUGCAUGGUCAGCAAGACCCAUUGGAACCACAGCAUACGGACAUACGACCCUGCCCAUCUACAGACAGGAAGGAUCCAAGAUGUCGGAGGAUGAGAUUAUCAAACAGCUGCAGGACUUUAAAAAACCAGAGAAGCAGAGCAAGUUGCAGACUAUCCCCGGUGUGCUGAAGAUCUGGUUCGAACAUGUGCCCUGCAGUCAAGUCAUCAACAAUGUGCUGACGCCAUCUCUUGUGCCUGUAAGCCCUUUCCCCAGCCCGCCAACCCAGACGCCAUCCAUCGAGGUGCAGGAGUUUGUGCCAGACAAGGCGCCGCUGUACACCUCCUAUGACUACUACCUGAACCACCUCUACGUCUACCCCCUGGCUCUCAAGUACGACAGCCAGAAAACAUUCACAAAGGCAAGGAACAUCGCCUGCUGUAUCGAGAUGAGAGACUCGGAUGACGAAGGAGCUGUGCCACUGAAGUGUAUAUACGGUCGCCCCCAUACGUCGGUGUUCACGACGGAAGCCACCACGGCUGUCCUACAUCACAACACCACGCCGGAGUUCACAGAGGAGGUGAAGAUAGCUCUGCCCACACAGCUCCAUGAGAAGCACCAUCUGCUGCUGAAGCUGUACCACGUCAGCUGCGAGGCCUCCAAGACCGGCCCCAAGACGUCCUCAUCCUCCCUCAAGUCCAAGAACAACAUCGAGUUCCCCGUCGGCUUUGCCUGGAUGCCCUUGCUGGGAGACGGCAGGAUCUCGGUCGGUGAGCGGACAAUCAAGGUUGCAGUUAACCUACCACCAGGCUACCUCAACAGUGAGACUCUGGGGCUGGGCAGAGGGGUAAGUAAGAGCUCAGGGCCAGACAUCAAGUGGGUGGAAGGAGGCAGACCACUCUUCAAACUUGGCAUUCGACUUAUGUCAACUAUCUACACUCAGGACCAGCAUCUGCACAACUUCUUCCAGCAGUGUCAGAAGAUGGAGAGUGACACCUCCCUGGCUGUAGACAUGAACAGUGUCAACAAACUCAAGAGUGACUCGGACGAUUCGGAGAAUUCAGACGACAGUUCUGAUUGGUUGUCGAACUUGAUAAAGUCCCUGCUGGCUGUGGAGGUCUCCGUCUACAUCCAGUUCCUACCUACCCUCCUCAACCAGCUCUUCCACCUCCUGGCCCGCACCGCCAACGAGGAUGUCGGCAUCAACGCCGUCAGAGUGUUAAUCCAUGUGGUGUCAGAAGUUCAUGACAACAGCAAGGAGGAACUCCUACAGAAAUAUGUCAAGUACAUCUUCCGUCCCGACCCGGUGCAGAAGGGCAGUAAGCAGAAGACAGUCCAUGAGGAACUGGCUAGGAGCCUCACUUCCAUGCUGCGCCCGGCCAAUGCUGACCCACUCGUCAUACGCAAGUUCUUGGAGCACGCCUGGUUCAUCUUCGAGAUACUUAUCAAGAGUAUGACACAGUACCUGAUUGACACUGACAGGGUCAAGAUGCCAAGGAACGAGAGGUUUUCCCCGGACUACCAGUACCGCGUACAGAACCUGCUGCAGAUCGUAGUGACUCUCAUCUCACAGCGACACCAGGAGGAGGGUACGCAGAACGCCAACAGGAGCCUCGCAUUCUUCGUCAAGAGUUGUUUCACACUGAUGGACAGAGGUUUUGUGUUCAAGUUGGUGGCCAAGUACAUCGAAAUCUUCAAUGUGGCCAACAACAAGAUUCUUCAUCAGUUCAAGUUCGAGUUUCUGAGCAUCGUUUCCAGCCACGAACACUACAUCCCGCUUUGUCUACCCAUGAUGAGGAAAGGGAGGGUUAAAAACUUCAAAGAGUUCAAGCCAGAAGAUCUGAGGCAGGACUACACGCUGUCGGAUGAGUUCCGGAAGACUCACUACCUGGUCGGGCUGCUCGUUCAUGAGCUGAAGCAGGCGCUGGUCCAACCCCGAGACAUGCGGCGCUGUGCCAUCACCGUGCUCCGCAACCAGCUCGCCAAACACGCCUUCGAUGAUAGAUACACUAAAACGGUCCAGCAAGGACGAAUCGCGGCCCUGUAUCUCCCUCUCAUAUCGGUGCUGCUGGAGAACAAAAACCGCCUCAUCAAGGAUGUUCAGAGUCCAACCUCCAGCACGACUCCCAAGGCCCCUGUUGCUAAUGGUGACGCUCAUGGACUGAAACCACCCAGUAACCAAUCAAAACAGCCGGCUCCUGCACCUCCGUCCCCAGCACCAGAACAACGUCCCUCAUCAACAGUCUUUGAUAUGAUUGGUGGAGUGACGCCAUAUUCCAGCACCAUGCCGCAGCUGAACGGUGGGAUGUCACGAACAGUGAACGGGUCGAGUAUCUCCAUCAACAGUGACGACUCGUCCUCCACCGAGAAGGGAGACCGGGAUGUAACAGAGAAGGGACAUGGUCGACGUGAAUCUACAGCGACCUUGACCCCUGCCCCGCCAUCACCCUACCUCCACCGGUACGACAAGCUGGACAUCCUCGAGAUCCGUGACCUUCUCCUCUGCUACUUAUACGUCGUCAAGUACCUCCCUGAAGAUAUUCUACUGGGAUGGUUCAACAACUCCUCUGAAAAUGAUAUUGUGGACUUCUUCACAUUACUGGGAGUGUGCCUGCAUCAGUUCCGAUACCAGGGCAGGAAGAGGAUCUACACACUCAGCAUGAUCGGUGACACAUCAAAGAAGGCGUUGUCCCUGCCGUCCAGCAGGAAGUCUAUUCCUGGAUCCAGCCUGUCGUCGGGACGGACCAGCAUGUAUAGUGAUGUCGUGGACGGCUUCCACACACCAACUUCUUCUGAUGCGGAUGCAAUGAUGCGGGCGUUGAAGGAGGCCAACAUGACCACGGAGGUGGGCCUGGUGGUCCUAGACAUCCUUGGACUCUACUGUCAGUACUUCAAGAAAGACAUGGAGGCCAGGGAGGGGGAGAACGCCCCGAUGAAGGCUGUGUUCCGCCUGUACCUGACGUUCCUGCGAACCAGCCAAUCAGAGACGCUGCAGAAGCAUGUGUUUGCUGCACUCAGAGGCUUCAUAAAGAAGUUCCAGAUCGCCUUGUUCAAGGGGAGCGCCUCCAUGUGUGGGGAACUCUGUUAUGAGAUCCUGCGCUGCUGCAGCUCCAAGCUCAACUCGACGCGGAGGGAGGCGUGUGCCCUACUGUACCUACUGAUGAGGACCAACUCCGAGUACUCCAACAAGAAGAGCUUCACCAGAGUACACCUGCAGGUGAUCAUCUCCGUGUCCCAGCUGAUCGGGGACGUGAUGCUCCUCAGUACAACGCGCUUCCAGGAGAGUCUGGCCAUCGUCAACAACUACGCCAACACCGACCGAGGGAUACAGUUUCAGGAUAAAAAUUCUAAGACACCGAAAUCAAACAAGUCAAGACAGAAAACUCCCUUCCCUGGUGAGGUCAAGGAUCUGACGAAGCGGAUCCGGACCGUGCUGAUGGCCACGGCACAGAUGAAGGAGAACGAGAACGACCCCGAACUGCUGGUGGACCUGCAGUACAGCCUGGCCAAGUCGUACGCCAGCACGCCCGAACUGAGGAAGACAUGGCUGGACUCCAUGGCCAAACUCCACAACAAGAACGGAGACUACUCAGAGGCUGCCCAUUGUUACAUUCAUAUCGCUGCUCUUAUUGCGGAAUAUUUGAAGAAGAGAGGAAAACUUAGAUCACGGGCGUACCCUCAGGGUUGUACCGCCUUCAGCCGCGUCUCCCCCAACAUCGCCAUCGAGGAGUCGGGCAUCAAGGAUGACUCCGGCAUGGAGGAUGUGCAGUACACGGAGGAAACCCUGGUUGAGUUCCUGGAGCAGGCUGCAAGGUCAUUAGAGAAAGCGGAACGCUACGAGCUCCUGGGGGAGAUCUACAAACUCAUCAUCCCCAUCUAUGAGAAGACAAGGAACUUCCAGAAACUUCAAGAGAGUUACGACCAUCUGUCCGGUGCCUACAACAAGGUCAUGGAGGUCAUGUAUUCCGGCAGGAGGCUGCUGGGAAAAUACUACAGGGUUGCUUUCUUCGGCCAGACGUACUUCGAAGAUGAUGAUGGCAAAGAAUACAUCUACAAGGAGCCCAAGGUGACGUCGCUGACGGAGAUCUGCGACCGCCUCAAGACGAUGUAUGCAGAGAAGUUCGGGAAGGACUCCAUCAAGCUGAUUCAGUCGGACAACAAGGUGAACCCUGCUGAACUGGAUGCAAGAUUUGCCCACAUCCAGGUGACCUUUGUCACGCCUUACUUUGAUGAGAAGGAGCUGGCCGAGAGACUUACCGACUACGAACGCAAUAACAACAUCCGUCGCUUCAUGUUCGAGACACCAUUCACCAAGGACGGCAAGUCCCACGGAAAUAUUGAUGAACAAUGCAAGCGGAGGACCAUCUUACUAACUUCUCACACGUUCCCGUACGUUAAGAAGCGUAUCGACGUGAAGGACCGCAAGGAAUACAUACUGAAACCGAUCGAGGUCGCAAUAGAUCAAAUGCAGUGUAAGGUAGCCGAAAUGAAAGAGAUCCUGAGCUCUCCCGACCGUGACCCUGUCAAAUUGCAGCUCAAGCUACAGGGUAGUGUUAAUGCACAGGUGAAUGCUGGGCCGCUGGCUUAUGCAGAGGUCUUCCUUGAUCCCAAGAAAGUUGGCAACUUCAAACCAGAGAAGGUGGAAUCAUUGAAAGAUGUGUUUAGGGAAUUUGUGAAUACUUGUCGUGACGCCUUAGAAGCUAAUGCACAGCUGAUUACCACCGACCAGAAGGAAUACCACGAGUCUCUCAAAACUGGCUUCAACGAUAUCGUGGACAAACUGUCCGUCAUGUUUGGAGAGAAGAUGGCAAUGGUAGACACUCGUAACUCCAACGCUCGACUCUCAUUGACUUUCUUCCCCAACAGUCCUGGGUCAAGUAAUGUCUGAUUAUCACACCUUAUAUUGGAACUACAGCCACUGCCUUGCUGCUGGCCAGCAAGGGAGAUAACUCUACCAUGGGAGAUAACUCUCAGUCAGGGGAGAUAAGUCUAUCAAGGGAGGCAACUCUCAAUCAAGGGAGAAAACUUUGCUUCUGCACCGAACUAAGGAGUUAGCGAGAAAGAGUUCAUCGCAUCAACCUUUCCUAAUACAGCUGGGAUAGAAAGUUGUUUUAUUCAAGGGAUGAUCAAAGUCAGAUCAGUUUCAAUGAAAAAGUUGGUGAAAUCAGAGAUGAGACCACAUUGAUGAGAACACACUUGGUGAAGAUGGGAAAGAGAUGCUCUAAUGGUCUGAUGGAGACCGAAUACACAGAAAAGCCUCCAACUAAUCCAGGAAGUGUACAAGGUCACUGACUCACAACCCAGGGGAGACAACUCUUGCACGUACUCUCCUACUGAUUAUCAGUGCAGGUGAAAGAUCUGAACAAGUUUAUUAAAGACAGAAUAUAAACCUAAGCUGAUCCCAUUUUACAAUACGUAGAACUACAAUAUGAAGUCAUUACAUGUAUCAAUGAAUUUCCUGAAAUGUUAGCAAGAAUAAUACAAUAUUCCGGCCGCUAACAUGAAAUUGUAUCUGUGUUCUGUUUGCACCUAAUCCUGUCACCUGUAACCCAGCAUUUCCCUAAAUGGCAGACAGUCCGAAACUUGUCAUGUACAGUUUUAACUAUCUGUUAAUUCAUUACAUAUAAAAGUUGUACCCGGUAACCAUUAGCUAUUUGCCUAUUUGACAGAUUUUCCUAUUAACGCACAGAAUAAUUAUUUUUUGAAUUAAACCAAGAAGUACUUUAUUGGGUCUUUCAAGUGGUAUCCAUAAUUUGCAAAUAUUUUUUUUCACAU